AUGGAUGAGUACCAUACUGGAAACUUUGAAAAUGAUGAAGGUUGGGAGGUGGAGGUUGAUGGUGAAAAAGGAGUAGAGGAGGGUUGCAAGGUGGAAGGUGAUGGUCAUGUUGAAGUUGCAAAAGAGUUGGAGGAGGGUGAUGGUAGACAAGAUUGUAAUGGUGAUGUUCCAAGAGAGAUGAAGGAACAUGUGAGUGGUAUUGGUGCAGAAGAGUUGGAGCAAGGUGAUGGUGAUGGUGAUGAUGAAGUUGCAAGAGAAAUGGAGGAGGAUGAGGAUGAGGAUGUAGGUGAGGAAGUUGAAAGUGAAUGUGAGUCUAUGAGUGAAGAAAGUCUGGUUGAUGUCACCGUUGAAUGUGACAUUGGGACUUGUACAAGAAAAGUCACAGAAGAACCUUACAGUCCAACAGAAAAUGAUGAAGGUUGGGAGGUGGAGGUUGAUGGUGAAAAAGGAGUAGAGGAGGGUUGCAAGGUGGAAGGUGAUGGUCAUGUUGAAGUUGCAAAAGAGUUGGAGGAGGGUGAUGGUAGACAAGAUUGUAAUGGUGAUGUUCCAAGAGAGAUGAAGGAACAUGUGAGUGGUAUUGGUGCAGAAGAGUUGGAGCAAGGUGAUGGUGAUGGUGAUGAUGAAGUUGCAAGAGAAAUGGAGGAGGAUGAGGAUGAGGAUGUAGGUGAGGAAGUUGAAAGUGAAUGUGAGUCUAUGAGUGAAGAAAGUCUGGUUGAUGUCACCGUUGAAUGUGACAUUGGGACUUGUACAAGAAAAGUCACAGAAGAACCUUACAGUCCAACA